AUGUUACCAUUGCUCGGCGCGCUUGGCGGCGGCAGGUAUGCGUUGGACGUGAACACGGAGCGCGCGGAGGACGUGCUGACGCACAAGCGGCUGCUGGAGGAGGCGGCGCGGCUGCACGGGCUGCCCGUCUUCUUCGUCCGCGCCGUCCGGGUACGCGCGCGCCCCCGCUGCCCCCCGCCCGCCUCCCCCCUACUCGCUUCUGCUUUCAUCCCUCAUUGCGCUCCCCCCGCCUACCCCAACUCCCGCCUGUCCGCGCUAGCGCCGCCAGCGUUUGGGUCGUCGCCGAAUCUGGAGGAGCCGGUGGCGGGCGGCGGGCACGGCGGUGCCAUGGGCGACCACCGCCACGCCGACCUCAGUGCGCCGUACUACAACGUGCCCAUGCACGAAGUCACCUUCUCCACCUUCGACCGCCCCAAGCUGCUCAGCCAGCUGUCAGCGGUGUUGGCGGACGCGGGGUUGAACAUAAGGGAGGCGCAUGUGUUCUCCACGUCCGACGGGCUCUCCCUCGACGUCUUCGUCGUCGACGGCUGGCCCACCGAGGUCCACCCUCGCAAUCAAACCCCCCCUCCUCCACCACUGCCUCUUUUGAGGCGCUUCAAAAGUAGACCAACCCCCCCCUCCUCCACCACUGCCACUCUCUGUGCUCUCACCCCCCACUGCCACUCUCUGUGCUCGCACCCCCCACUGCCACUCUCUGUGCUCGCACCCCCCACUGCCACUCUCUGUGCUCGCACCCCCCACUGCCACUCUCUGUGCUCGCACCCCCCACUGCCUCUCUCCAUACGGUCGUGCCAUGGCCAUUGUCCUCCGCUCCUAACCCCUCCCGUCUCGUCUGUGCCGCGUGACCAGGACGUGGUGGAUCUGCAUGCAGCCUUGGUGCGCGUGCUGCAGAUGGGGGCGGGCGCAGCGCUCUCCAUGCAGCCAGAGGCGUCCGGCCAGUCAAUGCAGUCAAUGCAGUCAGGGCGUGGCCCCGCGGGGUCGGAGUCAGCGGGCAUAGGGGGGCUGGGGGCAGGCGGGCAGGGGGCGGGGUCGUUGGUGUCGGGGGCGGAGUCACGCGUGCCCAUCCCCACGGACGGGCGGGACGACUGGGAGAUCGACAGCCAGCAGCUCAAGCUGCACCACAAGAUCGCCUCCGGCUCCUUUGGUGACCUGUACCGGGGCACGUACUGCGGGCAGGACGUGGCGAUCAAGAUCUUAAAGCCCGAGCGCCUCAACGACUCGCUGCAGCAGGAGUUCGCCCAGGAGGUGUACAUCAUGAGUGUGAUGAAGGUUCGCCAUAAGAAUGUGGUGCAAUUUAUCGGAGCCUGCACCAAGCCGCCUAACCUCUCUAUAGUCACAGAGUUCAUGGUGGGCGGCAGUGUGUACGACUACAUUCACAAGCAGCGCGGCAGCAUGCGGCUGCCCAUGGUGGUGCGCGUGGCAAUGGACGUGGCCAAGGGGAUGGACUUUCUGCACAAGAACAACAUCAUCCACCGCGACCUCAAGGCCGCCAACCUCCUCAUGGACGAGAAUGAGAACAGCAUCAUCCACCGCGACCUCAAGGCCGCCAACCUCCUCAUGGACGAGAAUGAGGUGCGCAAACUGCCUGUGAUGUCUGCUCUUACUUGCCAACAUAAGGUUAAGUGGCACAUAUAUGGAAGUACGAACAGCAUCAUCCACCGCGACCUCAAGGCCGCCAACCUCCUCAUGGACGAGAACGAGGCAUUCCAUCCCUCUGCCUCGCAUGCGCUGUGUUCAGUGUACUAUGGGCGGGUGUAUUAUGUGGUGAAGGUGGCGGACUUUGGGGUGGCGCGGGUGAAGGCGGGCAGCGGCAUCAUGACGGCGGAGACCGGCACGUACCGCUGGAUGGCGCCCGAGGUGAUAGAGCACCGCGCGUACGACCACAAGGCGGAUGUCUUCAGCUUUGGCAUCACGCUGUGGGAGCUGCUCACCGGCAAGCUGCCCUAUGCGGAUCUCACACCUCUGCAAGCAGCUGUCAGUGUCGUGCAAAAGGGGCUGCGGCCGCCCAUCCCCAAGGGAACACACCCGCGGGUGGCAGAGCUGAUGGUGCGGUGCUGGCACACCAACCCCGCUGAGCGCCCCGAGUUCAGCAUGGUGCUGCGCCUGCUGGCUGACAUGGCACACGAG